AUGGCCGGAGCGGCCGCGUCGAUUCGGCCGCGGCGGCGCGCGGCGGCCACGGCGAGCGAGGCCGCGGCGGAGUUCCUCAGCUUCGUGGGGCAGACGGGGAGCCCGGCGCACACCGUGCAGCAGGCGAAGCAGCGCCUGGAGGCGGCGGGCUUUGUGCAGCUGGAGGAUAGCCCGCCCUGGAGCCUGACGCCCGGGGGCAAGUACUUUAUCACCAAGGAGGGCACCUCCAUUUGCGCCUUCGCGGUGGGGAAGGCCUUCGACCAGAACCAGGGCGGCGCCGUGAUCGCGGCGGCGCACACGGACUCUCCGUGCCUGAAGCUGCGGCCCUGCUCGAAGAUGCCCAAGAGCGCCGGGAUGCUGCAGGUGGGGGUGGACACCUACGGCGGGGGGCUGUGGCACACCUGGUUCGACCGGCCCCUGGGCGUGGCGGGCAAGGUGGUGGUGCAGACCGCGGAAGGCAUGGAGGAGCGACUGGUCCGCGUCGAGAAGCCGCUUUGCCUGAUCCCAAACCUGGCGAUCCAUCUGCUGACGCAGAAGGAGCGUGAGGGCUUCGCGCCGAACAAGGAAGUGGAGCUGCAGCCGGUGCUGUGCCCCCCCUGCGGCCUUGAACUAGGAGGUCUCCAGAAGGGGGAGAAAGAGGAGAAAGAGGACAAAGAGGAGAAGGAAGAGGGCCGGCACCACGCGGAGCUGCUGGCGGUGGUGGCGGAGAGCGUCGGGGUGAAGGCCGAGGAGAUCUUGGACGUGGAUCUGUGCCUUAUGGACUCCACGCCCCCCUGCCGUAUCGGUGCUAUGGUCAGCACGCCCCGCAUCGACAACGUGCUCUCCACCUGGGCGGCGGUUGAUGGGCUGAUCGCAUUUACCGAGCAGAAGGAGGCCUUUGACGCCUCCACGGAUCUUCUGAUUGCCGCCUCCUUUGACCACGAGGAGGUGGGCAGCCGCUCUGCCGCGGGCGCGGACUCGGCGGUGCUGGAGCGGUGGCUGGACCAGAGCUUGGAGGCCCUGGGCAGCAGCUGGGCGCAGGCGGUUUCCAGGAGUUUCCUCCUGAGCUGCGACUGCGCCCACGGGCUCCAUCCCAACUACGUGGGCAAGCACCAGGCGCAGCACCAGCCGAUUUUGGGCAAGGGCAUCGUCAUCAAGACCAACAGCAACCAGCGCUACGCCACCACGCCUCUGCUGGCGCAGAUGGUGCGGAGGCUAGGGCAGCUCUCAGAGGUCCCGAUGCAGGAGUUCUCGGUGCGGAACGACUGUCCCUGCGGGUCCACCAUCGGGCCCUUGCUGUCCUCGCAGCUGGGCAUCCGCACGGUGGACAUCGGGGCGCCACAGUGGGCCAUGCACUCCUGUAGGGAGUCAGCGCAUCAAGACGACGUGCAAGCCCUUCGCGACCUCUGCAAAGGCUUCUUCCAACACUUCCGAGGCGUGGAUUCCUCCACUACGGCCCUGUGA